CUUGUCAAGUUCUCUGCUUGAAUUCACUUCCCUUACAAAAGCGUCUCAUGCUUUCGUCGGAUGCUCGUAUCUCUGAGACCCAAAUCGUUCCCUGGACUUCCAGACCUUCGCAUUUCAGGUCUCAAAUGGCUCUCCACUGCCGCCGCCGCCACCCAAAAUCCAGAGGACAAUCUCCGUUCCUUCUUCACCGGCAGAAUGAACCCAACCCAAAUCGACUACAAGCUUCUGGUUUCGGCUUUAAAGUCUCGCUCUUCCCUCGCGGCCUCCUUCCGCCAGCAAAUCCACUGCCUUGUUCUCAAAGCCGGGCUCGACUCCAACAAUUUCAUCAGGAACAGCUUGAUUAAUACGCAUGCCAAAUGCGGCUUCAUUGCCGAUGCCGAGUUGCUGUUCGAUUCUUGAUAUAAGUUAGACCCGGUGUCUUGCAAUAUUAUGGUUGCUGGGUAUGUCAAAUCGAGUCGUUUGGAGAGUGCACGCCAGGUGUUUGAGAAAAUGCCGAAAAAGGGUUGUGUCUCGUACACUACUAUGAUAAUGGGUCUUGCCCAGGAUGAGCGUUGGACCGAAGCCGUUGAGGUUUUCAGGGAUAUGAGGUCAGCGGUUGUGAUCCCAAAUGAGGUGACAAUGGCGACUGUUAUCUCAACUUACUCACAUUUGGGCGGUGUUUGGAAUUGUCGAAUGCUUCACGCUUUGGUGAUUAGGUUGCAGCUUGAGGGGUUUGUUCUUGUCUCUACGAAUUUGCUGCACAUGUAUUGGGGUUGUUCGAGUUUAUGUGAUGCGAGAAAUUUGUUUAAUGAGAUGCCUGAAGAGAAUAUAGUUUCGUGAUUGUUUGACAAGAUUCAUGCAAAGGAUGUGGUUUCAUGGGGUAAUGGGUAUGUGCAAGUAGAGUGGUUGAGUGAAGCUUUGAUGAUUCAUCGGGCAAUGCUGCGUACUGGGUUAGGGGCGAAUGAUGUUAUGCUUGUAGAUUUGAUUUCGGCUUGUGGCCGGUCUAAGGCAGUACAUGAAGGUCAGCAACUUCAUGGGACAAUUGUAAAGGAAGGUUUUGACUGCGAUGACUUUACACAGGCAAUAAUCACCAAUUUUAAUGCAGGCUGUGGCGACAUGAGCCCUGCUCAUCAUCAGUUUCAAAAGGGCAUCAAGGAGCAUGUUGCAUUGGAUGCCCUCAUUGCAGGAUACGUAAGAAAUGGAAUGAUCAACCAGGCAAUUGCAUUGUUUAAUGAGAUGCCUGAAAAAGACGUUUUUUCAUGGAGUUCCAUGAUUUCUGGUUAUGCACAGAGUGAUAAACCUGAAUUAGCUCUAGAACUCCUUCAAAGAAUGGUAGCUAGUGGGAUCCGACCGAAUGAAAUUACAAUGGUGAGUAUGUUAUCUGGCAUUGCUUCAUUAGGCACAUUGAAAGAGGCAAGAUGGGCACUCGAAUAUAUAGUUGAAAACUCCAUUCCUCUCAAUGACAAUCUAAGUGCAGCACUCAUUGAUAUGUAUGCCAAAUGUGGGAGUAUCAAUACCGCCUUUGAGGUGUUCUAUCAAAUCCGAGAUAAAACCUCUACAGUCUCACCAUGGAAUGCCAUCAUAUGUGGGUCGGCCAUGUACGGACAUGCAAAGUUAUCUCUUGAAAUAUUUUCAGAUUUGCAAAAGUGUAAUAUCAAACUCAAUUCAAUCACAUUCAUCAGAGUCCUAAGUGCAUGUUGCCACGCUGGCUUCAUGGAGGCGGGGGGGAGGUACUUUAAGAGCAUGAAGAAUGUUUACAAUGUAGAAUCAAAUAUCAAGCAUUAUGGUUGUAUGGUGGAUCUCCUUGGAAGAGCUGGUCAAGUAGAAGAUGCUGAGAAAAUGAUAAGGAGCAUGCUGAAGGCUGAUGUAGUCAUAUGGGGCACGCUGUUGGCGGCAUGUGGAACACAUGGGAAUCUGGAAAGAGGAGAAAUGGCUGCAGAGAGUUUGACAAGGUUGCAACCAUCUCAUGGGCCAGUUAGAGUUCACCUAUCCAAUUUAUACGCGGAUGCAGGGGGAAGUGGGAAAAAGCCUUUUUCCGAGCGGCGAGCAAUACAGAGCCUAAAACUGGAGAGAUCAUCGGGGCACAGUGAUGUUGAAUAAUAAGGGUGCUGGGGUUUUAGAACAUUCAAAGUUUUCGUCGAUGAGUUUUCGGCAAGCAGUUGCAGUCGCUUUACCAAAGCUUCCCAGUGUUUAAGCCUGAGAAUGUGGCAGAAAACUAUCAAGCAUUUAUCCCCCAUACAAAAAAACGUUUCUGAGGGUAAAAUGAUUACGUGCAUUGCAAGGCAACAUGCAUGUUUCGUUUCGCCAAGUUAAGAAUCUUGGAAGCCAAUACAGUUUGCAGAAACUGCGCAAUUAACGCAAUGGCCAUCACAGUGUUCCGACUCGGCAGUCUCUCAUAUUGUUCAUUCCUCUCCUCAUGAUGAUUUUCGAGACCAUCUAUGUCCAUGUCUUGGGAUUUAGUUGGCCAUACGGACUUCUUUUCCGGAACAAGUUCCAGUAAUCCCUCAUCGUCUAACGAUGAAUCAAGCAACUGCCACACGGUUGAGAAGAUGAACGCAACCACAGUAGUACCAGCUUCACUUGUUUGCAACCCAAAUAUCUGGGACAAGUUAAGAAUUGUAUCUAUUGAUUUCAUAACCCUGAAUGAGGAAGAUAAGUUAUACAUUGCAAACAAAAAUAAUAUACACCAAGUGCUGGUUCGGAAGUGAUUCUGGGAAGGCUAGAAUUACUUAUAUCAGACAAUGUAAAAGACCUGGAAGAAAGCAAAGCCAGAACAAGAUGGAGGGCACCAUGUUCAAAACCAAUAAUCGGCACAUUGUUCUCCCAACAAAUAUGCGACACCAACACGCCGGCGAGCUCCAUAGAUAGCAGGGACACCCCGGCAGAGCUCAAAUUCGAUGAGACUUCCAUCGACCGGAGAAGAGGAUCACUACCAUUUUCUUGAGCUUCCUUGGUCUGCAUUAUCAAAGCGUCCCAGAGGCUGCUCUGUUUGGGCUCCGCCAUUUCUCGAUCACAAUGGCCAGUGUUUCGGGCUGUUUCCGGUGAGUGAGAGAGAGAGAGAGAGAGAGAGAGAGAGAGAGAGAGAGAGAGAGAGAUUUCGGAUGGUGCAGAAUCAGAACAACGUUGAAGGAUUGUCUCUUGGUUUUGCUUCUCCUUCUGUGACAGUGCAUGAUGUGCAUGUGUGCUUUUUUGGUCGUGAAACUGAAGCGAUACGAUCUGUCAAACUGGCUGUGAGAUUGCCACUUGGAAUUUGGAUUCAAUCUUGUUGAGGAAAAAAAUUGAGAAUUUAGAACAAUUUUGUACAGAUCUUUAAGUUCAGUUAAACUGAUUCAUUUUUCUUGUCUCUAGGGAUG